UAGAAUCAUGUGCAUGUACAACAAACAUAUAUAGGCCAUAGAAAGAGAGAGAUAUUGCAGCAAUGGCGCCCAAAAUGCGAAAUCAAAAUGUAAUAAUUUUGCCCACAGAGGAAGACGUGGCGAUGGGCUUAGCGCCCUACGUAGCCGGACUCUCUGAAAAAAACAUAUUAGAAAAGGGUUCUUUCACCGUUGUUCUCUCCGGCGGAACCCUAAUACAGACACUUAGGAAGCUGACUCAAUCUCCGUACAAAGAAACUGUGAAUUGGUCGAGAUGGUUUAUAUUUUGGGUGGACGAGAGGGUGGUUCCUCUGGAUAAUCCUGAUAGUAACUACCUUCUUGCAUGGAACGGCUUUCUUUCCAAGGUGCCAAUCCCCAGUAGCAAUAUCUAUCCCAUCCACUACUGCCCCUCAUCGGAAGUUGUGGCCAAAGAUUACCAAUUCCAGCUGCUGAAACUGGUGGAACGUAAGGUCCUCCCAUUAUCGCCCACCGGCUUCCCCCAGUUCGACCUCAUGCUGCUGGGAAUCGGCCCCGACGGCCACGUCGCCUCUCUUUUCCCCAACCGCCCCCAGCGCUACGACAAAACUGAUUGGGUGACAUACAUUAACGACUCCCCGAAGCCACCGCCGAAGAGAAUCACCUUCACUUUUCCGGUGAUCAACUCCGCCAACAACAUCGCGAUGGUGGUGACGGACAAGGAGGAAGCUGACGCCGUCGCUAUUACUCUGGAGAAUAUUCCGGUUAGGCCGCCGCUGCCUUGCUCUGAGGUGAAGGCGCAGGUGCUGUUGACCUGGUUUUUGGACAAGGAUGCUGCCUCCAAACUUGCUCCUAAAUGUAAUAAGUAGAUAGCUUCUAAUGUUAUAUGUUGUCUUAAUAUAAUUAGUGCUCAUGAUCCCAGAUAGUAUGUCAAUAAAGGAUCAUGACCGUUGGUCGUCUUUUGCUGGUUCCUACUCACUUUGAACGUUGUCGUGUGAUCUAUAAUAAAAUAAAAUUGAGCAUGUCAUUGUCGUGCUAUAUGACAUGCAUGCUCAUUCAUGUAUAAAAUAUAAAUUUGUAAGAUCUUUCCAUAUUAUAUAGGGUUA